AUGGCAGCCACGCCGGCGUCGCCACAGGUGCACAUCGAGUCCGUGCAGACGGGCUUGCCGACUCGCGUCGUCGAGCCCGACAGGACGCGCGUCAUAGCCGUGGCCGCGCCGCCGCUCCCGGCGACCGCGCUGCAGCGGCGCCUCCGCGCGGUCUUCUACUACCGCGGCGACGACGCGCCGCUGGAGGAAGGUAUAUUGGUAAAGGAGUCCCUGGGCGAGGUGCUGUGCUUCUUCCCGGAGAUGGCGGGCAGGCUCCGGCGGCACGCCGACGGGUCGUGGGAGGUGAAGCUGAACGACGCCGGAGUGAGGUUCCAGCAGGCGACGGUGGAGGUGACCAUGGAGGACUUCCUGGCGGACAAGGAGCGCGCGCGUAAGGAGGCCGCGCUGGCGCCGUGGGUCGACGUGAGCGCGGAGGAUCCUGACAUGUGCUCGCUCCUCUUCAUGCAGCUGAACCGGUUCCAGGGCGGUGGGUACGCCAUCGGCGUCAGCUGCACGGUGCUGCUGUCCGACCCGCUGUCGCUGGCGAGGUUCCUCCGGGCGUGGGCGCGCACGCACGCCGAGAUGAAGGAGCAGGGCAAGGUCGCCCCCACGCCCAUGAUGCAGUACAUGGCCUACUUCCAGCGCCCGGAGAUCUGCUGCAAGCGCAUCCGGUCCUUCCCCGUCCACUCCGUCGCCGCCGACGGCAUCCACGCCCAGACCGUGCUCUUCAGGGCCGCGGCCGGCGACCCCCGCGCGCUCGCGGCGGCCUGCAUCGACCGGGCGAGCGAGGAGCUCGGCGCGGACAGGCCGUCGCGCUUCACGCUCGUCGUCGCCCCCGGAGACCCCGCCCGCGGGGCGACGACCGUCGAGACGUCGGUCACGGCGGACGGCCUGAAGAAGGGCGGCGCCGGCCACGCGCUGGAAGCUGCGGAGUGGGGCGAGCUGGGGCUCGAGGAGCUGACCAUCAGGGACGUCAAGCCCGUGCAUGUGUCGUACAGGAUCGUGUCGGGCGGAGACGAAGGGCUCGUCGUCGUCAUGCCCGACGGCGAUGGUUUCCUCAUCACGGCCACUGUUCCGAAGUAG